UUGCACAAAUAUUUCCUGUUAUUAGAAAAAAAAAAAAAAAAAAAAAAUUAAUAAAAAAUAUAUAUCAAUGUUGAGAUUUAAAAAAUAACUCAGUAUUUUUUAAAACUUAAAAUGUUACAUCGAAUUAAAUUAUAUAUUUAUUUAUUUAACUUACUAUUAAAAUUUAUUGAAGCUAAUAAAUGCUUUACAGUAAAUAACAACGAUCUAGUACCUCAAUAUGAAUUAAUAAAAAAUUCACGGUCAAUUAAAAGUGUAAUUCUUGAAAAAAAAUUGUCAUUGAUAGAAUGCCAAAAAUUAGCAAUAACGCGCAAAGCAUUGGCCUUUAAUUUCUUCAAAAAUAAAAAUAAUAAUAAUAAAAAAUUAAACUGUCAAUUACUAGAAUGUCCUGAAAUAAAUUCUUUUAGUUCACUUAUACGUGAUAAUAAAUAUAAUUAUUAUAGUUUGUACCCACGAUAUUUAUAUCCUGUAAAUAUAACAGUAAAGUGUUUGCCGAGAGUAGGCGUAUUUAUUAUCUCAGAAGAAUCUAAAAAUUACACAGACGCAAAGAAAACAUGUGAGGAAGUAAACGGAAAAUUGGCACAUAUUAUCAGCGAAGAAAGAACCGAAGGCCUCGCUAAAUUUAUCACCCAUAAUACCCCGGUAUUUGUGGGACUGAGUAAUCGUCGGAGCAGCAGGGACCGUAUUUGGAAAAAUGAAUUUGAUGAGCCAUUAAACUGUUUCGAUUAUCGCGGGUGGAACAAAGGAGAGCCUUCUGCCUCAAGAGGAUGUGUGGGUUUGAUUGUUACCAAAUCGCUGAUAAGCGAUAAAACACCUGCGUGGCGAGUGUUACCUUGCUCUCAAUCUUUGCCGUUUAUUUGUGAGAUACUGCCAAGAGUCAAGAUUAGUAAAAAAGAUUUAUCAUUUUUAUGAUUUUUUUCUUAAAUUGGACUAUACAUUCUUAACUAUUGACAUUUUUAAAGAUAUAAGCUCAUCCUGAUGUUAC